AUGUCUGAUAUUCCUACUGAAGAGAAAUUGGCACAAUUUAUUCAAUUAGUUCUAACUAAACUUGUUAGAAUCAUUCAAGUGACAAUUCCACUAAUUACGAGAUUUAGCUCUGAAAAUCCAACGGCUUUCAUUAUCUUGACACUAAUCGUACUGGCAUUCAUAGUACUUCGUAUAAUAAGAAACAUUUACACCAUCGUGAGAAGACUCGUUUUCUUAUCACUCAUCAUAUUUUUACUCUUACUCUACGUUAGAGGAUUUGAUACUGUGAUAAUGUUCGAUUUACCAUUCCUUUACAAACUAAUUCUGAACGGUCAAGAUCUAGAAACUGUUAUGGUUAAAUGGGGGUCAUAUUUAAGCCGCACUUCAAUCCAUAGUUCUCAUUUCCUCUACAAUUUCUGUAAGGUGAGAUUACAAGAACUCUGGCAAUCACAACAACAACAAUAA